AUGUCAAGCCGCAAACACUCAGAGGAUAGACCUCCUCUACGAGGACCAGCAGGUUCUUAUCGUGGUGAUAGGCAUAGGCCGGCUAAAAAUAAUGGUACCAGAGACAGGCAGGUUAAUGAAGAGGGACAUGAAAAUCGUAGAUUGGAUGGAGCUCGCGAGAACAACGACAGCGGCACCAAGAGAAAUGGGGAGAGAGCAGAUCGAGGGAGUCGCUCUUCUGAGCAGACCAGCUCGAUAAACACGCAACUUCCUAAGUCUGAUAAUCGCUCUCCAACAACAACAAGACCAACGACUGACAUUGAAUCAGCAUCAAAAGGCAACAAUCAUCGUGCAGAGGGAAAUUCGAAUUCCACUGCACAUUUUAUGCCAUCGAGACCGAAUGUUACUACGGAAAAAUCUGCCGAUCCUCUCAUCAACUUUUCUAAACAUGUUGUCACAGAAUCAUCUCAGUUAGAAUCUCUUAUUGAUGCGUUGAUGCAAUUCGCCGACCAAGCGGACUCUAGGAGUGUGUUAAAUCAAGUACGAAACUCGGCCGAAGAGAGUUUGAAACAGCAAGUUGAGGAAAUACAGAGGAUGAGUCCCAUCAUGCAGAGCUUCCCUACGCACAUGGAUGUCCAAAAUAAACGCAAAGCUGAGGCAGAAGAUGUCCUUACGAAAACCAACGAAGAGCUUGAGAAGGCCAAGAAAUUGCAGAAAGAUGCAGCUCAAAUUAUUGCCUCUCGCCUGGUUAUCAAACCCCCGUCUUCCUUCGCAGAUGACUCGAUGUACCUCCAAGAACGUUGUCGGAAAUUGGAAGAGAAGGUGAAGGACCUUGAAAAAACGAUGACUGCCAUGGACCAGAAAGAUAAACUCUCAGAUAUCAACGAUCGCUUUCAAGAAAGUCAAGCCGAAAACCGCAAGGUUGUUACCGAGAUCAAGAGAAGCGAGGCACACCUUGCAGAAAUGAUUGAAACCAGCGAAGCCAAGACAAAACGCGAACACCAGAAUCUGUCUGACCAACUUACAAAGCUUGACCAGCGGCAUCAAGCUACCCGUAGCGAAUUUGCUUCACUCGGUCCCCGCUUGGAAAGCCAUGAAAAUUCCUUGAAAAAAUAUAACACGUGGAUCAACGCAUCAGAAGAAAAGAUGAAAACGCUCCAGCAGGAGACGGGCAAACAAUCCACUAUCUUGAAAGCGAAGAGUGAUGAUAUUGAUCUCCUUAAAAAUAAAGUCACAUCCCUCGCAAAGGCAUCAGAAAUUGACAAGGUUUCCUUGGAUGGUUUUAAGUCGUUGAGCCUGGAAAAAAUUGGUCAACUAAAGAACGACAUAACAAAAUUUAGUGAACUCCAGACUGCUCAAAGGGACGUCGCCGAAAAACUUGGAACUUACGAACAGGAACUAAACGCCACGAAAGACGCUCAUAAGAUCAUUCUUAAAAGUCUUGGAACUACUGUAGAGGAAUUGAACUUCCUGAAGGACAAGAUUGAUCGGUUGGAACAGAUUCCUCAAGCGCCGUCCACUGCUAUAUCUCAGGCUCCCUCUAAAAUAGCAAGUGGAUCAAGCGCAACAAUGAUUGGGGUGAUGCAAACUAGAAUUCGUAAUGCUCAAGAAGACAUUAGGGUUCUGGAGGAAAGAAUUGACAAGAUCGAAAGCUCUCUUGGAUCCCCUAGCCGUGCUACGCCCCAGGAAGAUGCGAAAAGUAAUGAGCAAUUGAAAAGCACUCUGGAAAAUUAUGAAUCUAGGCUGAAUGAGUUGGAGAACUCUCUCAAAGAAGUGGAUUCUCUCAGCAUGAAUAAGCCAGUUACGAGAAUCUCGCCAUUUUCCACAGCAGCGCAGGAUAUGGCGGAUGUCAAGAAAGCUUUUGAACUUCACAAAGAGCAGCGGGAACAAAUGGACCAAGUUUUGAUUAGGCGCGUCGAGGAGCUCGACAAACAAGUAAAAUCUAUUCAACGCAAUGAUAUCACUAUCAAUGAACAGGUUGCAAAAAUUCAGUUUCGUAUGGAUGUAUUCGUGCAAGACCUGAAUCGUAUUGCUAAUCGAGUCACUGAAACGAACAAUGACCAAAAUGCGAAUACUAUAGCAUUGAGGCACCUGCAUAGUCGAUUCAACAAUAUAUCCACAGAUGAUCUAGCGAAGAAUAUGCUACAUCAGUUGGAAGUAAUUUAUCCCGAUGUCGGAAAUGCAGAAAGAACUUUCUCGGAAUUAAGGAAGCAACAUUCCAGCCAUACCACCCAACUGGAGAGGCUGAAGAGUCAAGUAGUGGCCCUCCAAGACCAAUCUGUUCGCAAGCAAAGCCCAACAAAUGCAGGCAAUGGAGCUACGCAGUCUUUACGCCAAGAAGUGGACUCGCUGACUAAAGGUCAGAUUAAGCUCGGAACAACUGUUAAGAAGCUUGAUGAAGCUACCACAAGCACUCAAGCUGGGUUAACCACACUCGAACAGUCUUAUACAACCUUGAAUCUCAAGAUUCAAGAUCUUAAUGGAAAGAUCGAGACUCAGCAGAGGAGUUUAACCGAAUGGAGUGCGGACCUCAUUGAAGCAGUCGGAGACCUGCAAGCUGGCCUAGAAUAUCUUCAAAAGAGUACUAGCAACGAUACCACAGGGCCUGCAGGCUACUCUGCCCCGAGCUCAACAAUCUUCGGCCCAAGAAGCGGUGAUGAAUGGCAAGAAAAGGAAGAUGUGACAGGGGCAGAACCCUCAAGACCCGAGAGUUUGACCAAUGGCCACACACGGAGCCCUUUGAGAAAGAAAGCUAAAAGAGUCGAGGAUGGUGAGGACCUUGAGCAAUUGAACCAGAGACCCAACAAAAAAUGA